AUGGUUCGCUCAGGUCUCGCCAAGCUUGCCCGUGUGGUGGCCAGCCGUGGCAUCCAGACGACUCGUGCCUCGCGCGCCACUCUUCCCAGCCUUUCAGCAGCUUCCACUUUCGUCCCAGCAUUGCCACGGGCCUCUGCCCUCUCCGCCCGCUUCAUUUCCAAGAGCUCGGCCACCCACCACCAGGGCAUCACCCCGGACAAUCAGGAUGUCACUCCAAAGGAGGAGACCCCGAAGCCCAUCCGGACCCCAGCUGAAAUCACAGACUCAGAGUACCAUGCCCUGGCCGAUGAGUAUAUGGACAGGCUCUUGUAUCACCUCGAGGACCUAGCCGAGAGGAGAAGUGAGAUGGAUGUUGAGUACUCUGCUGGUGUCAUGACCGUAGACUUUGGCCAAGACACCGGCACCUAUGUGAUCAACAAGCAGCCCCCCAACAAGCAAAUCUGGCUCUCGUCUCCCAUGUCGGGCCCCAAGCGUUACGAUUACGUCGUCCUUGGUGAAGGUCAACAUGAGAAGCAGGACACCGCGGCCGGAGACUGGGUGUACCUGAGGGACGGCACCACCUUGUCCGAGCUUUUCAAAAAGGAGAUCGGUGUCGAUAUUAGUAUGUCGAUCGGUCAAUAUGGCGAACAGCCUCAUUAG